UUGGCGGCCGGCGGAGCGGUUGCGGAGCCCGCGUUUAUAACCGGCGCACGGGGCGCCGCAGCCCUCCGCCGGCACCGCGGCUGGGCUCCAUGCCGCGGCAGCCGGCAUGCCCAGCCUGCUGCCGCCCUUCCUCGCCCUGCUCUGCUUCGGGGCGCCGGCUCCCGCCCUGAGGGGACCGGCGCCGCCGCCCGCCUCGCCGCGGCAGGCCGGGGCCGAGCCGGCGGCGGAGGAGCCGUGGUGCCCCUACAAGGUGGGGGCCGAAGGCGCGGCGGGCGGGCGCCUGUGCUUCCGUCCGCCGGCCCGCGGCUUCCAGUGCGCGGCACGGUCCUGCCGCGCCCACCGCUCGCCGGGCGGCGCCUUGGUGGCCAACGUGCUGCGCAACGGCAGCGUGCUGCUGCAGUGGGGGCCGCCGCGCCCCGCCGCCGGCCUCCGCGGCUUCGCGCUCAACUGCUCCUGGGACGGCACCUACACGCGCUUCCCCUGCGACAGCGUGGAGCUGGGCGCCGCCUGCCGCGACUACCUGCUGCCCGAGGCGCACGGCAGCGUGCGCUACCGCCUCUGCCUGCAGCCGCGCUACGCGCCGCCGCGCCCCGCGCCGCCCGCCCAGUGCGUGGAGUUCCGCGUGGAGCCGGCCGCCAUGCGGGACAUCGUCGUCGCCAUGACGGCCGUGGGGGGCUCCAUCUGCGUCAUGCUCGUCUUCAUCUGCCUCCUGGUGGCCUACAUCACCGAGAACCUCAUGAGCCCGGCCCUCGCCGGGGCCGCGGGCGCCGCCGCCGCCGCCGGCCCGCGCCGCGCCUAGCCUUCACCCCUGCUCGGCCGCGGCCGGGGACCGCGAGCGGAGCGGGACCGGGCCGGGCGCCGGUUUGGCCGGCGCUGGGCCCCGCCCCGGGCGGGGAGGGCGCUCCGGAGCCCGGCCCAGGGGCCCCCGCGUCUGCCGGUAGCGGCGGCGGUGCGGGUUCUCUUGGCAGAGCGCAUCUUGCAGCGCGGCCGACGCCGUCUUUCCAGCCCUCUCAGGGGCGGGGGCGAGGUUUUCCAAACUCUCCUCGCAGCGGUUUUGCCCAGGGCCUCGUUCGAAGCGUUGGGUGUCUGGGGUUUGCCUUUCCCAAACGUCCGGGAUUUGGGUUUGCCUCAGUAUUUGGAGCUCUUCUUCCUCCUAGGGUGGCUUUCCAGCUUGAGCCAUACGUGGUUACUGAAACUCAUGGGAUCUCCGUGGAUUGAAAGUAAAUAAUGGCAAAGGUCCGCAAGUGCCGGAAAAGUGGCUGUUUUUAAAAGCAAGCGGCAGAUCUUACAGAGGGCCUGUAUGAGAAGACUCUCCAGAACACCCUCAUUUUAAGCCUAUGCCUAAAUCCCCUUGCUCUUAGACGUGUGCUUGAAUUCUUUCCUGAGGGGGAAUGUUGUUUGAAGUCUGUGGGAGAGCAGACGGGUGGAACCGCAAAACCCAUAGCUAAGUGCGUGUUGGAUCCAAAGCCCACCUAAAUCUCGUGACUUAAGUGGGUUUUGUAUCGUGCCUUACGCUGUUCACAAAUUCUGGGACCUAGAUUGGCCGCUGUCCAAAACGAGAGGGGUUUUCUGGUCAGCUCGAGCGGCCGUCGACAUCCUACACUGACUAAACCUGCUUUUCUCCCUUUAGAACUGUCAUAUCGGUGGUUUCCACAAAGAACAAUGCUAAAGGGACAAAUUUAGUAUAAAAAUGACAUUUUGUUGUGCAAGUAUGAACCGAUCCCUAAUUACAAAAUAAGUACACUGUAAAUGAGCACCAUCACUGCCCUCUGAAAUCCCAUCUUUUAGGAAUGCUGUGUGCACCUACACUGAGGUAAAAGCGUCUUAAACACAGAUCUCACUAAUGUUGUAGCCGAGCGUUUUGAGCAUAGGAACACUCCUUGUUAACUGCUCACUCAAUGCUGUAGUAAGUAAGGUUUUAGCCAUAUUCUAGUAUUAAUUCUAUUGUGCCUUAGUGCUGAGAAUUUGUCCCAUUUAUAUUGGUGUAGUCUUCGUAGACAACUGUAUCUCCCCUAGUGUUUUUGUCUCCGAAUCUAGUGGUUGUUGGUUUGUUUGUUCGGUUGUUUGGGUUUUUUUAAAAAAACAAACUUAGGCUGGUCAUUACUUGAACUUUAAUAUAUACACAAAAUAGUUACCUUCUGAGAGGUAUUUAUUUAGUGAGCUAGUUUUUAUUUAGUGUUGUUUGUAUGUAGUUGACUGCUGUAACAGAAAAUGACUUUAUAUCACUUAAACUGAGCACCUAAAGCAAAAGUAGGGGAACAGCUCUUCUGUAAAGGGGUAUUGCUAUUAAAAUACAUCAGUUUCAUAUGUGAUCUGUUUGUGUAAAUGUUUAUCACUGGUGAAUGACCCAUACGCUUUUCUUUGUGAAAGUAGUUUGUGAAGUAUAAACUUGAUAGUAGAGGGUAAAUAUAGAAAGUAUAUGGAAUCCUUAAUAAAAUGCAGUUACUUGUACUAAUCAUAAUCCCUUCAGUAAUUUGAGAGUGGCUGAGAAACUGAAGGUCUAUAUUUCAUCAGGCAGAAAUACCUUUUAUUCCUUUGUUAUUCUUGCUUUGUUUUCUUUCUCACAUGCAGCUGACUCUAAAUUUAACAGUGUUCUCUUUUUAUUAACUUGCUUAUGUACUUGAUUUAAGCAGCCUGACAAUAUCUAGCAUCACAGUAACAGGAAGAUGGUGUCAUUCAUGGAUAUUGAAGGACAAUGUCAUAAUUUUUUCUUUUUUUUUCUCCCUAAGGAGAUUGACUGCUCGAAGAAAAGGUAAUCGGUUUUUAAGAACAUUAAGACAAAUUUUAUCUAGUGGUUUAGUUCACAGAGUAAAUUUGGGUCAGAGGUCUUUUAAAGGCUUCAAGUCAGUCUUUCCUGUAGCCAGUUUUGCACAGGACUAUUACCGUUUCACUGUUUUUGUGUAUAUCUGUCAGCUUCUGUCAACCAGUAUUACUGUUUUGUUCUUCAUCUUGUCGUGAAUUUCCAGAUGUGAAAAUUAAAUGUAUAAAUAAUGAGCCUUGUACCACCUUGGCAUUGACCUUAAUAAAUUAAGAGAAUAAUGAAAA